AUGUGGGCGCAGGAGGAGGCUGCCGUGGCCGCUGCGGGGCAGUCGGGGGCGGGUAGCACUGUCACAGUGGACAGGGCAUGGCUGGAGAGCCUGCUGCUGGAUGAGUUGGGAUCCCGGAUCAACUCCCUGUCAGAUCAGGAGCUGAUGGCAAUGCUGGAGCAGCUGGUGCGCAGCAGGCAGCCAGGCAGCAGCCAGCGCUCAGCGAUCCCUGACAAUUCCCGAGGACUGUCAAAUCCCUUGCAGGGCAUGAGUUUGGCCUGGCCUUGGGCGCAGCGGCAGGCGCCAGAGCUGCAGGGCCAGACGAGCAACGCAGGAGACAAUGUGCUGGAGAGGAUAACUGGCUCGUUGCCAGGAUGGCUCAAGGGACCCAGUGAUGCAGUGCCGGAUGCAAGUGCAGCCAAUCAGGGGCAGAUUGACAGCGAUGCUCCUCCAUCCGCCAGUUAUGACAGCCCUACUCAGCCGCAGGAUGCGCCCAGAUCAUCCGCCCCGCUGCCAGAAGGAGUGUCGAGCAGGGGAUCACAGCCGAUGUCCAUGUCCGAACGCCCCACUGUCGGUGCCGUGCCUCCAGGCACACCUUCCUCAGGAGGCAGCACCUCUGAACGCCACAGUGAAGCUCCAGUGGCAAAUGAGGCGGAGGCAGCCAGAGCUGCAGGCCAGGCUCGCAGUCCGGAAGCUGCUGAUGGGACGCCGCGAAGGGAGGAGGCGGACCUAACAGGAAGUCUGCUGGAGGCUUCGGGCCUGCCCCUGCGCUUGCGUGAAGACGGCCUGCCCGAGGCCAGCAGUGCAGCUGGUGAACAGCGCUUGCUGCAAGGCAAGGUCUUCUUGGAGCGUGCAUGGCAGGUGGCUGGGACUGCUGCUGCGGCGGUUGCGGCUGCUCUGACUACCGGGCUCAACUCCAUUCCAGCUGACAGUCGUUUUCAGAACCUCCAGACUGGCUCGGAUGGCAGCCUGCCUGCAGUUGUGGACAUUGCACCGCAGAUCGCUCUUCUGGCAGGUCUUGGUGUGGGCAUCUACACCUUGCUGCGCCUGGUGGGAUUUGACAACAGCGACAAAUCUGGCGAUGUGGAUCCGGCUGAUGAGGUUGCAUCCAAUCUGCCCAGGCAGCCAACAGCAACCAUACAGCCUCGUUCCCAGGCUGAGUCAGGUCAGACAGCGAGGAAGUUGCCGUCUGCCUGGGACCUAUUGAAACUGGUCCCCAACACUCUGCUGGGCUUCCCAGUCUCCAUAUCGAGUCCAUCUGCACCCGCCUCCUCUGUCAUGCCUGAGCCUCCUCCUGACAGCUAUGCUCAAGGGGGACCUGAUGUCAUGCGGCAGCCUCCAAGGGGCCCGCCAUCUCCAUCUGGGCCCAUUCUCUCACCAGGCAGACGGAGCGAUGCAGGCAGCGAGCACAGUCAGCAGCCAGACACCAUACUGUGGAGGCGCGAGGAAGCCCCCAACAGGAGCAGACAGGCCGCGGAGCCUGCAGCUGAUGUGCUCUGGGUCAGAGACGAGGGAGCGCAAGCACCAAGGGGCGGGGCAAGUGUGCCAAGGGACUCGGCUGCUCCAGACAGCACGGUGCUGUGGCGGAGGGAUGAGUCAUCCGCUCCCCGGUCUCUCACAUUUCCAGGGCCCAGCUUGAACAGCGCGCGCAUUGGCACUGCCUCAGUUCCUCUGCAGAAUAGAUAUCAGAAUGGGCUGCCAGAUCCAGUCAGCGAUGAGGCAGACCCCUGGACGGCGCCGCAGCAGUUACAGCCGCCUGUCAACCCAGACACUGCCACCGCGGAGGAGUGGGUGCGCAUGCAUGCCGAGCUGCAGCAGAGAGGUGAGGAUCCUUGGCGAGAGCCACUCGGCAAUGGUGCACAGACAGCUCAGCCAAUCAGCGGCAGGCCUGGCACAGCCGAAGUGGGGGGCCGCAGUGCAGCUGUGGGCAGCGCGCAUGAUAAGGACAGGGGCGAGGAUGGCAGGAGACACGGUGCAGUAUCGGGGGUGGGCCAGAAUGGCGACCAAGAGAGUGGCAGGCCACGCAGCAAGGCGAGAGUGAGAGACAAGAGUGUGCUGUACAACAAUGUGGAGCAGGUGCCAUACAUCAGGCAGCAAUCUGCAUACUUGAGGAAAUGA